CCAGUUUCAGUUUCUCCAUCCAACGACGCCCGGUCGCCCGCUCUCGCCAGUCGCCACCAAUUCGCUGCUGCUCCGCUUUCUCGUCUCCGUCCGCUGCCAAGUCGCGGUAACCUCGUAUCGUAAAGCCCUUUUACCACUCCACAGUCAAAAUCAAUGGAGAUAGAAGAGCGUCAGGCGCAAUUCAUCCAGCAGUUCGUGGAGCAAGCGUCGGCGAUCGACGGCGGCCCUGCCUCUUCUCCCUCUCUCGCUCGCCUCGUCGUCGAAUCCACCUCGCACCCUUCAGUCUUCUCCUUCGGCGAGAUUCUUGCCCUCCCAAAUCUCCUCCAGGUUCAAGGAACCGAGAAUUCGGCGUACGUCGAUCUCCUGAAACUGUUUGCUUAUGGAACGUGGAAGGACUACAAAGGGAAAUCGAGUGUACUGCCGCAGUUGAAACCGGAUCAAAUUGUUAAGCUGAAGCAGCUCACUGUGCUUACUGUCGCUGAGACUAGCAAGGUUGUUUCCUACAAUACACUUUUGGAGGAACUUGAAUUUUCUAACGUGCGUGAGCUCGAGGACUUCCUUAUUGAUGAGUGUUUGUACGCGGGGAUAAUCAAAGGGAAGUUGGAUCAAUCAAAGCGAUGUUUCCAGAUUGAAUUUGCAGCAGGGAGGGACCUGGUCCCCGGUGAACUUGAAGCUGUGAUAGAGACUGCAAGAAAUUGGUUGGCAACUUCAGAUAAUUUGCUUCCCUUGAUUGAAGACAAGAUUAGACAGGCGAAUGAAAUGGAUCAAUUGGAGAAGCAGCAUCAGAUGGAUGUCAAGGAAAGUAUUGAAAUAGCAAGGAAGAAUCUCCAUUCGAAUGUGAGUUCAUCUCGGCGUUUCUCAAAUCCGGUAUCUGUUGGUCUAUAUGUUAAGCCGGCCAUCAUGACAUCAGUAGUCCCCGUUUUCUUGAUGAUGGAGACUUGGAUAACCAAGACGAGCGCUUUCACUACAAAAAGACGACGAAAGCCAGACGCUCUACAGGUGGACGCUCUGCCACCCGAUACACCAGAAUGUGAAGAGAAGGUCAGCCUCUGCUGCUGAUCGCUUUUAUUUUGAAUACCCCUGUCUGAUGCAAUUUUAUAUCUCGGUUUAGCCUUCAAUUGCAUUUACAGUUACAGCGAUUUAGUCUUUCAGAUGUCUAGGUUUUCCCCCUUUGGUCAAUGUAAAUACGUGGUGGAGUGAACUACUUCUUUCAGUUCAUCAGUUUAGUUUUUCCCUGCAUAGCAUAUUUAUAUCCACAACGAAAAUGGAUCUAUGACAGUUCCGAACGGUAAUGGGAAUCAUGUCCUCGUUCUUGACUGGGAGGGGAGGUAUCUCUUUAGUUGUUCAUUCUGCUCGUAAGUUUGAUCUUUGAAGGUCCCUUGCGGUGUUAGUGUUAUUCUCACUCUGCGUCUGCGAUAUCGGGAAUUGCAGACGUGUUUUCUGGGCCCUCGAAAAGUAGGAUAGAAGGUUUGGGCUUUGGAUUCCAUGUACCCACAUGGACCUUAAACCUUUGCAAGCCUGCCUAGCCCGUUCGAUGCACGCUGGACUUUCGUCCCGGGAUGGAAACGGAUUAGCAUCCGCAUUCUGGAUAAAAUUAAGUUGACACAAUAUUUUUUAUUAUAAGAGUAAUAUGGAUUUGAUUUUUAUAGUUAGGUGCUACUUGAGG